AUGACAUUAUUCCGCCUAAUCGUCGGCGAGAAGAAGACACAACCGACUGUUUGGAACGUAGUGGACCUCCUUCAUACCGAGUCGGAUCCUCCAAGGUGCUGUCUGCUGUGGUUCUAUUUGUCGCAUUUAAUAAUUCUUGACAUGGAUGUCUUGAACCGACUCUUCCUGCAUAUUCCAUCCCCUGUCGCCGUCCCCAGUGUGUUUGGCGGACCUCUUCUUCUUGUAGUCGAUGGGCCGUGAAAUGAGUGAUAAAAAGUGCGCGGAUGAUUCGCUUGGACUGGCCGUAUGGCCCCACGGAAGGUCUCUGAUGUCCCGGCUUUCCCUUUUUUCUUGGUGGGUAAUUUUAUGAUGUUCCGAGGGCUAAUUACUUAUUUAGAAGAUACGGGGGAUUCCGUGUUUGAGAACAAGGUCAUGUGGAUGUUCGGAAUGCGUAAUGGAUGUGUCAUAAAGUAACCUUAGGUUCUCUUAUGCUUGUUAUUGUAUGGAAAAUAAAUUUUCAUUGGUCGGACUACUUGUAGAUGUAAUAUUAUGGUGUUUCCCGCCACAUUUUUUCGAUUAAUCAAAUUUGGAAUCGUCUCCAUAAUCCCCGGCUUCACUUUAUAUUGACAUUUCCCCUUCUAUAGAGAACUCCCACUCUCUACACUCGAGAAUAUUGUUGUUUUUAUUCAGUAAUUCUUAACCUACAUUAAUUAUUUUUUUCACCAAUGUUAUUGUUGCGUCUCUUUUCCCCUUUUAUAAUUCGUUGGAUUUCCCUAUCUCGGAUUUAAUUUUUUGAGCGAGAAAGGGCAAUGUUGAGUAUGAGAUAAAGUUGCGUGUCGGAAGACCCUGACUAUGCCCGAAUCUCUACAUUGAGCCCUUUAUUCUCUCAUUUUGAUGAUCCAUUUGCAGCUUUACUGUCCCAGUUUAUGGCCCACAAUGGAAGGGCCCGGCUGAACUGAAGUCCUGCGGCAAUUCGGCGAUGGUUGUGGGAAGGAGUGCCGCGUUCGCAAAGCGUCGUCAAUCAUUGGGCACUCAUCUGGCUGGCGGUCUUCAUCUCGGCCAUCACCAACGUGAGUGAUAAUAUGGGGUGGAGGGUGUUUUCUGUGAUGUGUGGGGAUACGUUUCCUCAGGGACAUGUUUGUUUUUUAGUAUUUAAACCAAAAAUCUUGAGGCUGUUACUAAGUAACUUUAUAGAGGUGACUGUUAUAGGAUUGUGAUGACAUUUUUUAAAUAUACUAGGAGAGAUUGCACGGACUGCAGUUGUGAUAGGCAUAAUUGUUAAUACCAAAGUUUGAAAAAAGAAAAGGCGCGAAAUUGCCUCUUUCCAUUGUUUAUCACGCCCAUUUUGGGCAUGUUUCACAUCCCAUCCCCUCGAAAUGACAAUAAAAAACAAUCCGGGGAUCUGAUGGGUUGCCGGCGCUUCCGUCUGAAUGUUUGUCCAAACAAAGUGGGUCGAGAUUGUGGCCAGGUUGAAGUCGGGGCCUGAGGGUUUGUUCUCCAAUCCAUGUUCCGACCAGCCAACCUCAGCCGGCGCCGCGCACUCUCCACCCGGCGCCCCACUCUCACCGCGGAUCGGAUCAGGGCCCAAGCCCAGCGGAGAUUGACUGUCAGGGAUCUGAGCAAAACGUUAACGGAAGGGAGUCAAUCAACAUCGUUAAGUAAAGGGAUUUCAGGCGUCAAGAAGGGAAAUGUGCAGCAAAAGAAGCAGCGGCUGCCGCCUGCGCCACUGGUCAGCGUUUCUGCCGAAUCAAUUCCAUUAUCUCAGACAUCCACAGUUCCGCCGGUAAGAUUCUUUCUGAAAUAACGUCCUAAUCUGCCUGAUUUGAAUAGUAAUUACGGUCGCCAUCUUAGACUAAAUUUAUGGCGUAUGUCGUAGCAAAAAAAAGUAAUUUUAAAGGCUGAAUGAGUACGUUAUUUCGGCUUGAUUGCCUUAAUUUCAGGCCCAACUUAUUCUCCAUUUUUUCUGGACCUAGCCUCAAAUCUUCCUCAAAAGUUGUGUUCCCCGAAGAUUAUUAUUAUCGCGAGUUUCAUUGGGCUUUAGAUUUGGGGAAGAUAAUGUAAGACCCCUCUGGGUAUUUGGACAUUCCGGGGUCGACGGGUUUAAUCGGCUAUAAAUAAAAACUGAGUUGCUCAGACGUUACACAAGGGUUAAUAUCAGAUUUGGAUUUGGUUUUUAUUUUUUUUUUUUUUGAAUAUUCAAUAUUUUUUAGUUUUAUUAAGACAUCCUAUUUUUUCUAUUUUGUAACUUUUUCUAUAUUUUUAAGCCCUCACACGGUUUUACUACACACCUUCUCUCGUCAGAAUUCUAAAAUACGCCAGACUUAGCCCUCUUUAACAAUAUAAAACCAUUUUUCUCGCAAAAAGUGGCCUUCAGAAUCAUAAAUAAAAGCCGAAUUCCCCGAAUCCUAACCGAAAUCCCUUCAGAUUGCAGGCACCGUGAAUCGAUCGUUUGUGAAUGUGACGGAGUCCUCGGCGUCCUCAGAAUCCCUGCGCUCCGAUUCGUUGCCCGAAGGAGUGCUGGAGCAACGUGCGCGACGAAGGUAAGCAAAACGGCCAUAUGGAGGACAAAAAUGCGGCAAAGAAGGUUGCCUCAGGGGCCGCCUGAUAUCUAGGCUCGUCCCAAGCGAGAAGAACGCAUCAUUUUUCAUGACACCGGCGCCUCACAUCCGUUUUCUUCAAUCUUUGCCUGAGGGCGUAUCCUGGUCCUUGGCGUGCAUCCUCUCUUUAGACGGGGUUGAUGACACGAACUGCGUCUUGUAACAGGCUAAUGGUGCAAGUAAUUAGAAGGACACACAUGACACGCUACUAUGACUGCUUGCACAACCAUUUUGUCAUUCUGUUUACACCUCCGAGAUCUUCGUCCAGCAUAUCCCUUUUAGCAGAUUGUAGACGUCCCACGGACCGAAUUUACGAUGCCAUUAUAUUAUAUACGGCGCAUGUAAUAUGAGCAAUUCGAGGGAAAUCAAACAUUAUGUUAGGUAAUACGAAGGGAGUAUGUGCGGCGGUGUCUUUUGUUCCGGCCGUUCCCAUCCAGUCCGUGGGAUUAUGGACCUUCGGAGUUUCUUAUAUCCCCCUGAUGGCAUGGAGAUCCCGCCUAAUCAGAUUUAUCGCCCGAUUACCCGAUUUUUGAUGUUUCCCGGGGUUCCAUUGUCCGGAUUUCCGUUAGUCCAGGGGACCUUCCUAGAAUACCUAAGCUGUGUCUAGGAUUUUUUUGAUCGCUGUCAGAAGGAGCUCAUAAAUACUGUAUUUUUUCAUCCUCCGUUAUCUGUAGGCUGCCAUGUUUAAUCGUUUAGAAGGGAUUAGGCCCAUUCGGCUUUCUUUAAAUUCCGCGAUAUAUUACUUGGAGUUAUUUCUCUUCGCAGCUUCAGAAUUCUAUGAUUCCAAAACUGGAGCGCCAACUUCCCUUUCGCGUAGUUAAUGUCAUCACCUGCCUUUGAGCAUGCCACAAUUGGCGUCGCUCGGCCAAUUCCGGCAACACUUAUGGGGUGUUGAGGGAUCCGAGGAAGGAACCCUUCCUAAUGGGUCGACCGUCUUCCAUGGACUCGUGGCGUCAAUGGAUUCCUCAUCCCAAGUCAUCACAGCGUUGUUAAGACAACCAAGAAGGUGUUGGGAGCUGGUCUAGACGGUUUGAAAGUAAAGCAACCGUAGAAUGCGUAGACGGGCUGACUAAUCCGGACGUCGUGGGUUUAAAAAAUUUUCCGAAAUUAGACUCUUGGGUUGCGUGAAGAGGGUUUCGCGGCCGAACUCUUGGGACCGAACCUGGCGCUCCUUACCCCGGAAACAAAGGCGUCGGCACAGUGCAAAAAGCCUCUUGUUCGCAUCGUUUUUUCCGGUGGCUUUGGCGCCCAACUUUAUGCAGCGUGAAUGUGCAGGAAGAAUGCGAGGCGGGGAAGACCUUGAAAAGGCAAAGGUCGGUCUCUUUUCCCAAGUUUUGAGGGCUUGGCCACCACCACCGCGACCCGGUCCUCGACAUCCCACAAAGAACUCGCUGGGGCGGACGAUUAUUUGGAGAGGACAAUAAGUUGGCCGUUAUUCCAUUAGUGCCGGCGGCUGGGUGUUAUUAGUGACCUCCAGGGCAUUAUAACUCGACCUUACUCGAUUACAGUCAUCUCCGUCCCGUUUCAGAGUGGUAGAUGUCAGCGACCAUAAAACAUGCGCCCUGCUCAUGACCAAAAUGAAAGAAGCCAACAGAAACAACACCACGUAAGUAUUUUCGACUGGUCUAUUAUGCCUUAUUAUACCCCUCUUCGCAUCCUAAACUCUUGCCAGUCCAGUACAACCGAAGUCGUCUAUUGUCGCAUUCUACGGAGCUGUGUAAUGUCUUUAAAUUAACACGUGUUCGCCAUUUAUGGGUUCUUUUCCUUGUUAAUAUUUGGUAUCCCGAGACAUUCUUUAACAUAAUUCAUGACUGUCUUUUGAACAGAAGGAGAUGUCUUAAUCAUUCAUUGUUAAUUAGGCUUCUCUUCCCGACUCAUAUGUUUGAAAAUUCGGCGAACAAAACGUCAAGUAUUAUAAACCCGGGGUCUAUCUAGAGAUCCGCCUUUUUUGGCCGCGACGGCCGAUCAAAUUUCAUAAAGGAAGGUGACUUGGCCGAAAUGAGAAUCAUGUCCUUUUAAGGCGAGAAUAUUGGAAUCUGGGAAGAGGAAGCGGGAAUCUGGCCUGAGAGGAAUCCUUUUAGUAAAGGCGAGUCGAAACGGGGUUUUGAGGGCGGCCAUAUACCCGCAGGUUGGCCAUGUUUCGGUUACGAAUACCUGGGCGUCGGCCGCUCCUCCCUACAGGGGCGUUUGGGAAUGGGAAGAAGAGGUCAUGACGACCACCCUCAGCCCAUUCAAACUAGUCCCUUCAGGGUAUCGGGUCUUCAACCGGGCCUUCUUCCAAGACUUUGAAACCGGGCCGUUUCAACGUUUCGGAAUGGCGUCUCUUAAUUAAAACCUUGUUCGAACAACGAAGCCUUUCCUGCGGAUUAGUAUUGUUUUUAGUUAUUCAUGAGGCCAUGCGCGAGCUCUCAACGGCCCCCGUUCCCUGACUGAGAGACCGCUGCCCUGGGCGACGGGCUCAGAUUAAAGGUGGCGUUUGAUUCCGUCGGAGAAUCCCUAAGUAUCCUCGGAUAUCGGCGAUUUCCCGCGUCUCUCGGCCGCUCCUUUCACAGAACUUCCUUAAUAUUCACAGUCAUUAGAGGGAGUAUUUCUUUUUCAUUGCAUGCGUACCUUUCCCUCUUUUAUGGAGAAUAUCAUAGCCGGUCCAGGACAGGUUUGGCCGCUCUUAUUCGGUCACGCGACGCCUUCCAGCAAAAAACAUAAUUCAUUUUUGAUUUCCGUUGGAUUCCGUAAACCCGCACGGAAUAAUGCAUUUAUUUUUUAUUGGCUAGACAAAGCUCAUUUCGCAGCGCUUAUUUCGAAUCAGGCACUUCAGAAGUCGGGGCGCCACUUUUUCGGCCCCCGUUUUAAGACGCUUGUUUGUGUGAUACAAACUUACAAGUAAAAGUUCCAACCUUGAGUAAUGUCUUUAAGCAAGCUUGAGUGGGGACUAGAAGCGUUUCUUUCUGCAUCUUUUUUGAGUAUCAGAUGCCGCCUUUUUGCUCCGACACCCUGGAGCUGGUUGUUUUUUUUUGGCAGCGUGUUCUGAUUUUGUUUUGAAUCCCGCGCUGACUCUAAACAUAGUCGUGUAGCGACGUUCGUCUCGCAGCCGCCACAACGACGGGUUCGGCGCUAGCGGCGGAGGAGGGGGGCCUAGCUUCGACCUCCGGCCUUGGCCCACCCUCCAUAUCCCCGACUUCAGGUCGGUCCAAUGGCCAUCGAACUGCUGCGCGACUCAUCGAGAGAAGGCGGCUUCAACGCCCUCCCGAACACCUGGUUGUUCCUCCGAAUACGGCGAGGACGGAGAUGACCGAACUCUCUCAAUUAAAACCUUGGAUGUUACCCAUGAGCACAGGUAAAACCCCUAGCACAAGGCCCGUUCUACUUUUAAAUCGUCCCAGAAAGAAUGUCUAACACGUCUUUCUCUCCCUUCAGGUUUUCUUCCAUCGCCAAUUUACCCACGGAAACUCUCCGAAACGGAUGAUCAGCAUUUCUUCGACCAGUCACAAGAGUUGCCAACGGGCCAAGUACUCAGAGAAGUGGCCAAAUUGGCCACACUGCCAGUCGGAGGGUGAGAGAAAUUACUUAUCGGAAACAGUCUUCACCUGUCUGUCUCUUCUAAUUAGCGCUACCAGUCCUAAUUGAGAUGCCCUGAUUGGCGCUGACAAAAGUCCUCCCCACCCAAAAGAGCGGCCGUCCAGUCGAUUGGAAAGACCUUUCGACUGGAUUGGCGGGACCUGGAAGCGGAGCAUCAUUUGAUACGAAAGGCCUCUUCACCUAUCGCCUCGAGGUCUCCAGUUUCCUUGAACCGCCCUUUUGCAGGCCCACAACUUCUGAUAUUGUUUGGCUUCCAGAAUGCUUGGCCCCAAGCUGACGGUCGCUCAGGAGGCCUACGUUCAGCCGGGUGCUCUAAAAUUAUUAUAUUAUUCAUAUCUCUGGAAUCGCCGCGAUCGGUAAGGCUGGUCUUAUAUUUCGUUUUCUGUUCCCUUCCUUCAGGAUGAUCAAGAAAACUUGAUCUUCUACAGUUUCUUUUUGUUUUUUUUUCUUUCGAAUCUAUGAAUUUUUUUUUGAGAAAGUUUUCAACGGAAAAUUCAAAAAUUUCGUAAUUUUCAUACUUCUGCGUUCCCUUCAAGUCAUUUUUUUGAGUUUCUGGCCUGAUUCUUUCAAGAUUCAAGUUUUUAAUCCUUUAUUAGAUUUUAUUAAAAUUCUUAUUAGUAACAAAAAAUCAACAAACAUUAUGUUAAAACCAGUACCUUAUGCAAUUUUUGAAGGCCGUAAACUCCAAAAUUCGGCGUUUUAAUGUUUUUUUGCAGCUUUAUUGUGAGUAUAACACAUUGUUGUCCUUUUCAUAUUUCUUCCAAAUUUGACAGUUUUUUAAAUGCCUUGCCAACGGAUGGACGCGCCUUCCGGCUCUUUCUUUCGUAAAAACGCGCCUUCUAACUGGGCCCAAAAAAGUUCUGAUUUUGUGAGCGAAUCCGGCACGGAAACACCCCCGGGGCAAAUUUAAGAAACCCAGAGGAAAGCUGAUGAAGACGGGAAGGAACGACGCCAUUGUUCUUGCCCUCAGGCAAUGAGCGAUUAAAAAAUUUUACAGUCAAUCAGUUAGUGUAAAGCACCCGAUACAUGCCCACGGGCGACCCGUUUACAUGUCAAAAAGCCGUAACUAGAUUUAUGAAUUCCAUAAAUGUCUCUUACUUCUAAAGUAAGGGAUUUGAUAUAUGUAUAAAUAGCACAAUUGAACUAUAAUUGCAAGUAUCAGGAAUCUCCAAUUUCUGAACUCAUUAAUGUUGUGACAUUAUUUCAUUUCUUCUCUUUAUGUGCAUCAUAACCACGCACAUAGAGGAAUAUCGAGGUUCUAAUAAUGUUGUAAUUAUCGCAUGUCAUCUCUAAUUACAUCUGGCCUAGGCUAAUUCUAACUCUAUCCGCUCUUUGGGAGAAAGGCAGGUUAGCCGCUAAACGGGCUGUUUUGACCGCUCGCCUCCGGCCCAAGAAGUGCGAACUUGGCCAAAUACGAAACCGCAUUGUUCUAGGGGUCCAUCUGGGGGAUUGGGGCCAUUCUUUAGGGGUGCGGGUCCGGGUCGGGCGGAAAACGUCGGGGGAAAACCCCUGCGGCAAGCUUCCCUUUUUCGGACUCGUUCGGCCAAUGUUGUGGGCAAAAGGGGCCGAGUGCGAAAGGCGCUCCACAACGACAACGAGAAGGACACCCGAAGGUCUUUUUUCUUCUUGGCCGUCUUCUCGUUGUAGUACCUAUAUAUCCGAACAAGGGAGAGAGAAAAGGAUAUAUUCGCCUUCUUCUGUUCGUCUUCUUUUCCGUGUCAAUCUCCAGAAGUCGGGUGGGCGAGAAACUUGUCUGCAUGUCAGGCCCAGCAGCUCGCUAUUCAUUUAUGUACUGGACUGGUCCGUUUCGUUGCACUGAGCCCGUCUUGACCUCCUCCGUCUUUAAUUGUUAAUUAUGCUCGGUAUUGAUCAAAUUGCCAGAUUGGCGGCUGAGGAAGCGCGCAAAGAGCAGAAUCGGAUCGAUGGAGUCGCUGGCGGAGGAUUCGGGGCGGGUCGUGGCAAGCCCGCCUUGGCCGGGCCCGCCAAGCAAAAGGUAGAUCAGAGUUUGGAUCGAUGUACAUCGAGCUGUUGUUUUCAAUCAACGCAGUACCAGUCCUAAUUGAGCAUUAUUGUGCCAUGUUUCGAACUUAAUCAUCAUCCUGUUCCAGGGUCCGUCCUCUUUGUUCAUCUUCAGUGAAGACAACUUCUUCCGCAUCCACGCCCGAAUGAUCAUCGAGUGGGGUCCCUUCGAAUAUUUUAUUUUGCUCACUAUUAUCGGCAAUUGUUGUGUUCUGGCCAUGGAUGAGCAUUUACCCAAGAAUGACAAGAUGCCCUUUUCACAAAUGCUGGUAAAUCAUUUUUUCAAGUAUUAUUUUUCUUUUUAUCCCAGUUAUAAUCCGGAUCUUGUUUUAGGAGCAGACGGAACCGUACUUCAUGACCAUUUUCGGCCUGGAGUUUCUGCUCAAAAUCAUUGCCUUCGGGUUUAUCUUACACAAGGGCUCGUAUCUGCGGUCUGGCUGGAACAUAAUGGAUUUUAUUGUUGUUGUCUCGGGGUGAGUGUAACGGACCAUGUUUGUCAUAUUUUAUUUGUUUUUUUUAAUUCGGGUUUCUCGUGCAUAAUUUUAUCGCCGAAACAAUACCAAUAUAUCUUUUUAUAAAAUUAUCCAUUAAAAAUGUAGUUUACAGUAGGAAUAAAUAAAAAGAAGUCAUCAAAAAAAUGAUCGAAAAUGCAAUAAUUACGCAAAAAUUUUCAGUGUUGUAACGAUGCUGCCUUUCUCUCCCAGCCACAGUGCAGAUUCUCAAGGUGUAGAUCUUCGAACUCUUCGAGCAGUACGGGUAUUGCGACCUCUCAAGUUGGUCAGUGGAAUUCCAAGUGAGUCAAACGAGUGUUAUUAUGAUUGAAAAGACGCACAUAUUAUACGUUAGUAUCCCCAAUAACAUCAAAAUUCAGGUUUACAAGUCGUUCUCAAGUCCAUUCUUUGUGCCAUGGCUCCCUUACUUCAGAUCGGGUUAUUAGUUUUGUUUGCCAUUGUCAUUUUUGCCAUCAUCGGGCUGGAAUUCUAUUCGGGUAUAUUUCAUUCCGCCUGUUACAACGAUGAAGGAGACAUAAUUAAUAUCUCGGAGAAGCCGUUCCCCUGUUCGAACAAGUCCAGUGCCACAGGCGCUUACAAUUGUGAUGUGGAUGGAACGGUGUGUCUGAACCAAUGGAUUGGCCCCAAUUAUGGGAUAACUUCGUUUGAUAACAUCGCUUUCGCCAUGAUCACCGUCUUCCAAUGCAUUACUAUGGAAGGAUGGACUACUGUAAUGUACUAUGUGAGUUUAUUUGGAAUUUUUGGUAUUGCCGAUGUUGCUAUUCACUCAUAACUGUUUUUUCAGACCAACGAUUCGAUAGGCAGCACUUACAACUGGGCCUAUUUCAUCCCUCUGAUCAUCCUCGGAUCCUUUUUCAUGCUCAAUUUGGUUCUUGGUGUCCUCUCCGGGUAAGGAUUUUAUUUAUUAUGUGCAAUUCAAUAUUUAGAGAGUUUGCCAAGGAAAGGGAAAGAGUGGAGAAUCGAAGGGAAUUCCUCAAACUUCGACGUCAACAGCAAAUCGAACGAGAACUAAACGGGUAUUUGGAAUGGAUUUUAACUGCAGAAGAGGUGAUUCUGAAAGAAGAUAGGACCACCGAAGAGGAAAAGGCGGCUAUCAUGGAAGCUCGGCGAAGAGCGGCUACCAAGAAAUUAAAAAUGGCUUCGAAACAACAGUCAACAGAGACCGAAGAUUACGAUGAGGAAGAGGAAUAUGAUGAUGAAGACGAAGAAUCAUGCUAUUUGAAUGGACAAGAAGGGCCGGAAGUUGAACAACCGACUAAAAGACGGCAAUUGAGAGGGACUGGAGUGUAUGACACAUGGUGUAAAAAGAUAAGACAUCUCCGGUAAGGGCGUUUUCGAAUCGGACCACGACAAUUGGGGAAAGUAAAAUCAUUUUUUCGCCUAAAAAAAGUGCUACAAAUGGGCCUUUUUUUAAAGAUGGACUAGUGAAGUAUGGUUUUAGCCAGCCAAAAAAGCGAAAAAAAAUAUUUAUUUUAUUUUCCCCCAAUUGACGACGUUCCUUGCAAAUAAAAGUAAUCUCUUCCAGAUUACAACUUAGAAUCAUGGUCAAAAGUCAAGUAUUCUACUGGUCGGUGAUCACACUGGUCUUCUUGAACACUGCCUGUGUCGCAUCUGAACAUCAUGGCCAGCCGGAAUGGUUUACAGAAUUUCUGAGUAAGAAAUAUUGCUGAUGAUUUAAGACUAAGUCAUUCGUUGCGUCAUGUCAUCUUAUUUUAGAGUACGCCGAAUUUGUAUUCCUGGGUAUUUUUGUCGGCGAGAUGUUGCUCAAAUUGUUUGCCAUGGGGUAUCGAACAUAUUUUGCAUCUAAAUUCAACAGAUUCGAUUGUAUUGUCAUCGUCGGAAGUGCCUUUGAAGUUAUUUGGGCGGAAGUCAAGGGCGGAUCUUUUGGUAUUUCGGUGCUCAGAGCUUUGAGAUUACUUCGGAUCUUCAAACUCACAUCGUAAGUAACAAUGAAAUUGAUUUUGUAGCCAUUCAAUAGGUACUGGGUGAGUCUCCGAAAUCUGGUGAGAUCACUGAUGAAUUCGAUGAGAUCUAUUAUUUCCUUGCUUUUCCUGCUCUUCUUAUUCAUCGUCAUCUUCGCCUUGUUGGGAAUGCAAUUGUUUGGAGGAAAAUUCAACUUCCCUUCCAUGCAUCCUUACACUCAUUUCGAUACCUUUCCCAUCGCUUUGAUUACCGUAUUCCAAAUUCUGACUGGAGAAGAUUGGAAUGAAGUCAUGUACUUGGCCAUCGAGGCCCAAGGAGGUGUUUAUGGAGGCGGGAUGGUCUAUUGUAUAUACUUCAUUAUCUUGGUGCUUUUUGGUAACUGUAAGUGACCAAAAUGUAAUUGUCGCGCUUACUACAAUACAAAUCAUUGAACAUUAUUUUUCAGACACCUUACUCAAUGUGUUCUUGGCUAUCGCCGUCGAUAACUUGGCCAAUGCUCAGGAAUUGACAGCGGCCGAAGAAGCGGAUGAGAAGGCGAAUGAGAUCUCGGACGAUUCGGAUUCCCUGGAAGACCAAUAUCAAGAUGGAGAUCAAUGUGCCAUAGACAUUGAGGGAAGAAUGAUCGGUGAAGAACUGGCCAGAGAAAUAGAUGAAGAAGAGUGUGAGGAAGAGGAGUCUCCAUUCGGAGGGCCCAGACCCAUGGUCCCCUUCUCUUCCAUGUUUAUUUUAUCUACAACCAAUCCAAUCCGGAGACUGGUACAUAGUAUUGUAAGUACCAAGUACUUCGAGAUGACUGUCAUGGCUGUCAUCUGCAUGUCCUCAAUAUCACUGGCUGCCGAGGAUCCAGUCGACGAAGAGAACCCGAGGAAUAAAGUGUUACAAUAUUUUGAUUACUGUUUUACUGGAGUUUUCGCGGUGGAAAUGUUGAUGAAGGUGGGCUAGAUCUAAACCGUCGUUUCCUUGACGACUUUGAUUACUUUCAAUAUCAUAUUGCUUUAGGUUAUUGACCAAGGUGUGCUCUUGCAUCGGGGAUCUUACUGUCGAGACUUUUGGAAUGUCCUCGAUGGAGUCGUUGUCGUCUGUGCUUUGGUCGGGUUUGCGUUCAGUGGAGCUGCUGGUGGUGCGGCGGGAAAGAAUUUGAGCACAAUAAAAUCUCUGAGAGUACUGAGGGUGUUACGUCCACUUAAAACAAUCAAGAGAAUCCCCAAAUUGAAGGUUAGUGUGCUACAACAUAAUACAAUUACAAUGUCCUUAGGCUGUCUUCGAUUGUGUCGUGAACUCCCUGAAGAACGUGUUCAACAUCCUGAUCGUCUACUUCCUUUUCCAAUUCAUUUUUGCCGUCAUCGCUGUCCAAAUGUUCAAAGGCCGCUUCUUUUUCUGCACAGACCGCACAAAGAAGUUCGCUCACGAAUGCCAUGGGGAAUAUUUUGUGUUCAGUAAUCAGGUGAGUUUAUUCUGCAACUGAUCUCAUAGAAGCUGUGAUGAAUUCGGAGUCGCUGUCGGUGUUGGCCAUGAAGAUUCGGCGAGUCCCACGGAUGAUAUCUCCGCAAGAAUGGACGGGUUGGGCUUGGCGAAGGGCGAGGAAACGCUGUAGAUGGAGAUCCUGGUCCAUUAGCUAAAUCUAAAUAGUCGUCGUCAGAAAGACUUGCAUUUCCAUCCAAAUCGAUGAUAAUUUCACCAAGAUAGUACUCGAGGAUCUCCGUAGGACAAAAAGCGAUGAUAAUCAACAACUCCCAGAUAAAUAAGGGCAUGCUUAGCUGAAUACAAGCAAAGCCGGGGCUGGGGUGGGUACUGUAUCUACAAGGAAGGGCUUACGUAUAAUUUUUUAUGCUGUUUACCUGUAGAUGGCAACAUAUAAAACAAGGUUGACAAAUGUGAAGAACCCUCCGGCUUUGGUCAAAUAUUGCCAGCCUUGUUCUUCCAUCGAUAAAAACCUCGGAUUUACAUCGAAAGGAUUUCCAUUGCGGUCGCUGAUUUCUUCAGCCAUUACCAAUCGAAGGCUUUUUCAAAAUAAAAAUGAAACGAAUUGUUUGAAUGCAAUUUACAAAUUAAUUUUUUUGCAGAAUGAAGCUCCAAGCGUCGCGAUAAGAGAAUGGAAACUCCGUCCUUUCAAUUAUGACAACACUAUCAAUGCCAUGUUGACUUUAUUCGUGGUAACAACCGGAGAAGGAUGGCCUGGGAUUAGACAGAACUCGAUGGACACCACCGAAGAAGACCAAGGCCCGUCUCCAUUCUUCCGCAUUGAAGUCUCCUUGUUCUAUGUCAUGUUCUUCAUCGUUUUCCCAUUCUUCUUUGUCAACAUUUUCGUUGCCUUGAUUAUUAUUACCUUCCAAGAACAAGGAGAAGCAGAGUUAUCUGAGGGAGAUUUAGAUAAGAAUCAGGUAGUUUCUUCUUCAUUGACUUUUUAUGUCCUUGUUUUUAUUCAAUUCUUGAUUUUUACGUCAUCGUUUGCAGAAGCAAUGUAUCGAUUUUGCGCUGAACGCUCGUCCAAGGUCAUUGUUCAUGCCAAAUGACAAAAAUUCUCUCAAAUAUCGAAUAUGGAAACUGGUGACAUCAACACCUUUUGAAUAUUUUAUAAUGGCGAUGAUUUGUGUGAACACAAUUAUCCUCAUGAUGAAGGUAGGAUCGUGAUUGAUAAUUAUACCUCCGCCCUCUUUAGUUCCAUGGGAAUUCAGAAGUAUAUGAAAAGGUCCUUCGAUUCUUCAACACAGCCUUAACCGCUGUGUUUACGGUAGAAUCCAUACUAAAAAUUCUGGCAUUUGGUGUUAGAGUAAGUACUUGUGUUGGAAAAUCAUAUAUUUUUUUAGAAUUACUUCCGAGAUGGGUGGAAUCGAUUCGAUUUUAUCACAGUAGUGGGUUCCAUCACGGAUGCUUUGGUUACAGAAUUCGGAGGUCAUUUCGUUUCCCUCGGAUUCCUCCGUCUUUUCCGUGCCGCUCGUUUGAUCCGUCUUCUUCAGCAAGGAUAUACCAUCAGAAUUCUCUUGUGGACCUUCGUCCAGUCCUUCAAGGCCCUUCCAUACGUCUGCCUUCUCAUUGGAAUGUUAUUCUUCAUCUAUGCGAUCGUCGGAAUGCAGGUGUUUGGAAAUAUUAUCCUCGAUUCUACCACUGAGAUCAAUCGACAUAACAACUUCCAGAGCUUCUUCAAUGCGGUUAUAUUACUGUUUCGUUGUGCCACAGGCGAAGCGUGGCAAGAUAUCAUGAUGGCUUGCACCAUGGGGAAGGGAUGCGCAAAGCCAAACUCCCUGGAGAUUAAUCUCCUCAAGGGAAAUACCUGUGGCACUAACGUCAGCUACGCUUACUUUACUUCGUUCGUAUUUUUGUCAUCCUUUUUGGUAAGUAUCUACAAUAUUGCUGCACAAGCCAUAGUGUAACCGGACUAGAAACUGCAUCGGGCAGAGCUAAUUUGUAUGUUGUAGAUGUUAAACUUGUUCGUGGCCGUCAUCAUGGACAAUUUUGAUUAUCUGACCCGAGACAGCAGUAUCCUCGGUCCCCAUCAUCUCGACGAAUUCAUCCGAGUCUGGGCUGACUACGACCCCAAAGCAGAGUAAGUUCCGUUAAGUAAUCUUACUUCGUCUUUCAGAGGCCGCAUCAAGUAUACUGACAUGUACGAAAUGCUCCGUAACAUCGCCCCUCCUGUUGGCUUUGGUCGAAAAUGUCCCUAUCGCCUGGCCUACAAGCAUUUGAUCCGAAUGAAUAUGCCGGUGGAUGAUGACGGGAAGGUCCAUUUCACAACAACCUUGUUUGCUUUAAUCCGAGAAUCACUAAGCAUCAAGAUGAGACCAGUUGAAGAAAUGGAUGAAGCCGAUGAAGAGUUGAGGCAAACCUUGAGAAAAAUAUGGCCGUUAAAGGCGAAGAAGAACAUGAUUGAUCUCGUGGUUCCUCCCAAUGCCGAGUUGUGUUUCCAGAAGUUGACGGUCGGUAAAAUCUAUGCGGGACUUCUGAUUCUCGAGAAUUAUCGUGCCCGAAAGUCUGGAACAGAGGUAAGUUCGUAGGGGCUAGCGCUGGUUUGGCUUGAGUAGAUUUUUAUAGAAAUUGUAUCAUCAUGACGAAAUCGAUCGUCUUUUUAAAAGGCUUUUAGAAACAAUGUCAUAAUGGCAUAAUAGGAGAGACUAACAAUAAAAACGCUUUGAAUAACAAUACUUGAAUUCAGCAACUGGAAAACAUAAAACGUCGAGCUGCCCAGCUGCUCUUAAGACCAAAAGCGGCCAAUUCGAAUAGAUUUGGGCCCCUGGAUGAGGUUAUUCUUUCUGGCUACUCAUAUUCUCACGUUUUUUUUAUUUUGUUUGGCGAGAGAUUCCCCCAUUUUUUGAUUGGUUCACCUACCCCCAACGUAGAAAUAAUCGAGUAUCGCACUAAUCAAUAUAACUGCAGUUGACACACUCUCCAACCGUUUUCUCACUGUCCAAGCCCUAUUAGACAGUGGUGUGCAAACAGUCAGUACAAUUAUCAUUUCAGAUUGGCGGUGGUGGGCUCUUCGGUGGAGGUCUCCGAUCAUUGGUUGCGGCUGCAAAAUCAGCUGCCGGGGCUGGACAAUUGCCGAAUAACACCCCGAACUCAGCGCCAAACACAGAGAGGGAUCAAAACGAUACUGCUCUGUUCCCGUUGGUCUCGAGACAACAGCCAGCAACUCCGGUUUCCAGAGCUGAGAGCCCUAAUGUAAGGAUUCUCGAGAUGGAAUCACAUAAAAUUCUUUCUAGAAACCGUACUCGAUAUUGUCAUCUCUUGUCGACAGUAUUAAAGUCAGUAAGAACAUUGAUGAACCGGAAGGAUCUUCAUUUGACGACGAAUAUGGGUGAGGAAUAAAAAUAAUAUAUAUAUUCGUCUCUCACUUUCAGACGCAAGAACAAUACAGGCAGAAAACUGUCGGGUAUGUUCAUGAGAAUCCGCAAGCCCAGUCGUCAAGACCAACCCCCUCAAGUAAGUGUGUGCCCAUUCUUACUAUUCCCUAUUUAUAUUUAUUCUUUUCUUGGUUUGUCACUCCUACUUUCCCCCUUUGACUUGUUUCCAGCGCUCCUUACAUCUGAAUUUCCGGAACGGUUAUCGAUCUUUGGAUUCGGCCAAUACGGCCAGUGAGGUAAAAACGCGAAAUCUGGCUGAACUCAAAGCUUUCUGCGUGAUGUGUACAACGUUAAUUAUUUUUCCAUUUCCGCUUACUAAUCCCGCCCACAUUUGAGACAUUAAUUGUAAAAUCUUUUUUUAGACGCAACAACUUCUCCGAAGUUCCAGAAGUCCGUCUCCAGUCGAACAUGUUCCUCCAGGCCAGUACCAAUCAACAACGCCACGAUCGGUCUUCCCAUCCCGGCGUGGUAUGUCUCCUACUCGAAGCAAAAAUGACAUUGCUUUAGUUGAACAUCAAACGGCGCUUGGCCGGAGUCCAGGAGAUCAAUAUCAAAUGGCACCAUAUUCCCAUCACAGUCCCGACUUGAGUAGAUAUGGGUCAACCAAUCGAGACUUUGGAUCCAAUAACGCGCUGUAUCACAAUGAGUAUAGCCGGCGUUAUGCUUACAGUAAAUUUUAAUGAACCUUACCGCCCUUUUAAUUAAAAGACGCUUCGUUUACCUUCAUUAUUUAGACGGUUCGGAUGAAGAGGAAUCCACAUCAACAACAGCCCGGCGUUUCACUUACAACCCUGCCCAAGCACGUCGCCUUCCGGUCAUAGAGCCUGAUGAUAAUUACGGAAGCCCUAGUUUCACGUACAGCCCACCCAACGCCUCUGGAUACAAUAAUGCCUAUGCUGGGGUCCAUAGAAAUCCGUAUGCGAUAGAAGGAAGACGAGCACCAUCUCCCAACAUCUCCCCUAGCAGACAAUUCCAGGACAGAAGUAUGCCUCCAUUAGAUAACGAUUAUGACACCCUUACAGUAAUCCCUCCGGAGCGACCUUACAAUCAACCAGCAACGCCCGAGGCGCCGUUCGAGACUCACUAUCUUCCCCCCGUUACCACUCUUCCUUUCCGUCGUUCGGGCCCCAAUAUAACCGACCCUUUAUAUGGUGCUCCUCACAACACCCCGGCGAUGUUCUCCAACAGAUCAACCAAUCCCGUCAUCCAAAGCCAGCCAGGACAUCUGCCGUUAAGCGACUCAGAACCAGAAGACACCACCGACGGCCCUUGGGCUGUUGUCUAG